AUGGGAAUGAGCUUCAUUUUAGACGGCAUUAAUUCGUGUCUUUUGCGCUCUUGUCCGAAUUCCUCAUACUACAAGGAGCCUGGUGAUUUAUUCAGUUGUACCUCGAAAGCCUUGUUGGAUGUGGUACCAACCGUUAAGCUUUCUUUUUACUGGCAAGAUGGGGUUUUCAAGUGUGCAAGGUUGAGAAAGGGUGUGCCAAGAGAUCCUGUUACUAGAGCCAAGUUUCCCCUUUACACUUUGACUAUAAUUCCGCUUAACUAUAGUCAGAAUGCUCGUAAGUAUCUGGUGUAUGUGCCGGCGCAUCUUGAAAAGAAUCGUCCACAGCUUCAUUUCAUUUCUAUUCCUUUGAUAGAGCAGCCGUUACCGUCACCACAUCAAAAUGAAGAGCCUGCUGCAGAGAAACUCAGCACUAUAUUGAAAAGCAUCUUUAUGGUCGAUACGUUUACUUUUGAUCUGCCGUCCGACUCAAAGAUACUUGAGAAAUCUGAUCGGGAAAGAAAGUACUACAAAGAGGAGUGUUGCAAGAUUUUUCAAGAGUGUCUUAUCGUCUGA